GGCCAGCGGCCGACCGUCUUGUUAGCUGCGUGCUGUAUCGACUCCGACCUAUCAUAAACUUUACGUAUACAUCGAUAUUACGCAUGUUAUAUGUUGUAAAAAUUUCUGCUUUUCUUAAAUUUAUUAAUCACAGUUUUAAUUGUGCUCAUGGUAAUAGUUUUUUUUUUAAAAUAAUUACGUGUCUUUUAUUUUGUGAAAAAUAACGUUAUCAAGUGCACGCCAGUGGUAGAUCCUGUUGCACCUUUGACAUUGGUAGCACAAGAUGGUACUUGGAAUGUUAAAACGCUUAGUUCGGGUUACGCAAAUAAUUAAAUAUGAAGGAUUACCAUAAAAUUUUGGAAUUAUUAUAAUUAUUAAGCACUGAAGCUUAAUUUACUAAUAGAAAAUAAACAUAAUAUAAAAUGAACUUUAAAAUAAUAUCACUAUUAUUAACAUGGAAUUUUCUAUUAAUCACCGCAAAAAGGGAAUCUCUAGAAGACGAAGAUUCACGGGCUAGAGAAUUAAGAAAUAAAGAAAAUAAUCGGAACCGGACCACUUUUAAUGGAACUCUGACAGAUGUUCCAGAAAGGAGAUACUUAAGGCACAGAAACAGUUCAAGAUAUCGCAGCGAUAGACGGAGAUUUUGGGAACGUGAACAUGAAAUCAGACGCGACAGGAGAAGAGGCUCAGAUGCUUACUCUUCUGAAGAAUUAAUAACCAAUCGGACUGAGCCCUACAAUAGACGAGAUGACAAACCUCGUAAAUCAGAAAAACACUGGAAUAAAAGUAAUUCAGAUAAAGCAAAUGAUAGAAAAAAAUCUGGUAACCAAAAUAAACCUGAUCGAUCUCCAGUGAGAGAAAACACAACUAGAUUCAAACCAAAGUUGACUAACAAAUGGCAGAGUGGUGGAUUCAUUCCAUACCCACAGCCGAGAGAAAAGAAGCCAAACAUAAUAUUAAUCCUGACUGAUGAUCAAGACGUUGAACUCGGCAGUCUCAACUUUAUGCCCCGGACUAUGAAGGCAAUUAGAAGUGCAGGAGCCGAGUUUCGCCAUGCAUAUACGACAACGCCAAUGUGUUGCCCUUCAAGGAGUUCCUUGCUUACUGGUGUCUACGUUCACAACCACAACGUGUACACGAAUAAUGACAACUGUUCAUCACCGAUGUGGCAGGCCAAGCAUGAAACCAACACCUUUGCCACAUACCUUUCAAACGCUGGUUAUCGAACUGGUUAUUUCGGAAAAUACUUGAAUAAGUACAACGGGUCGUAUAUACCCCCAGGCUGGCGCGAGUGGGGCGGACUUAUAAUGAACUCAAAGUACUACAACUACAGUAUAAACAUGAACGGAAAGAAGAUCAAGCAUGGCGACGAUUAUAAUAAGGAUUAUUAUCCAGACUUAAUAGCAAACGACUCAAUAGCAUUUCUUCGAGCCUCGAAGCGGAGAUUCUCCAGGAAGCCUGUACUUCUGGUGAUGUCUUUUCCAGCUCCUCACGGGCCUGAAGACUCUGCGCCCCAAUUCUCUCAUCUUUUCUUCAAUGUAACAACGCAUCACACUCCAACGUAUGACAUGGCUCCAAACCCCGACAAGCAAUGGAUAUUACGAGUAACGGAGAAAAUGAAGCCAAUUCAUAGACAGUUCACAGAUCUUCUAAUGACCAAGAGGUUACAGACAUUACAGAGCGUGGAUAUGGCAGUCGAGCGAGUUUAUCAGGAGCUCAAAGCGCUCGGGGAGUUAGAUAACACUUACCUAGUCUACACAUCGGAUCACGGUUAUCAUCUAGGCCAGUUCGGACUGGUAAAAGGCAAAAGCUUUCCUUUCGAAUUUGAUAUACGUGUACCGUUUCUUGUCCGUGGGCCUGGGGUGGAACCUGGGACAGUGGUAGACGAUAUAGUGCUUAAUAUUGACCUAGCACCAACGUUUCUGGAUAUGGGUGGGGUAGAACCGCCAGCUCACAUGGAUGGUAGAUCUUUACUGCCGUUACUACAACCACGACGUAGACGGGCUGCUGCAGCUCACUGGCCUGACACAUUCCUUGUUGAAAGUUCUGGGCGACGUGAAACGCAAGCCCAUUUAAUGGAGGAAAGAUUGCGCGCGCAGAAAUAUAGUCGGGAGAUGAAUGAAAAAUCAACUACUGCACAACCACAAGAUACCUCUUCAGAAAGUGGAGACUUCGAAAGUGAUGCUGAGGAUGAUUUCUUGGAGCUUGAUGAUGGCGAGGAUAAUGAUGACAACGAAAGUCCAGAAGCAAGCGAAUCAAAUAAAUCUUCGGAACCACUUAUAUCCAACGAGAGUCACAAUCCAAUCCUUGAAGCAAGUUUAGAAAAAGUUUUGGAUGCUGAAGAGGCAGGAACAAACAACCAAUUUAAUUACUUAACCGCUGCAGAAAUCGAAACUAGUAUUAUAAAUGGAAAAGCUGCUCGCUUAGCAGCUGAAUGCUCUAAAGCUGAAUUACGUGCUCCUUGCUCCAUUGGACGGAAGUGGAAGUGUGUGCUGGUUAACGGACGAUGGCGUAAACACAAAUGCAAAUAUGAGCCAGACAUAAAUACUCCACAACCAAAGAUGAGUACAAAAAAAUGUGCAUGUUUUACUCCAAGUGGGCUUGUUUAUACGAGAUUAGAGACUGACGGUACUAUUGCUAGAAGGCCAGUUGAUUUACAAAAGGAUAAUAAUACUAGAAGUAAAAGAUCAAUAAGCAACGAUGUAUUUGAACCUAAUACUGUGGAUAGCAUUCUCGAGGAAAAUCCAAGCAUUGGACAUUUGAGUUUUAAAAAUGAACCUGUUGAUGAAUCAGAAAAAAGAAAUAUAGUAAACAAUAUUGACAAACUUAUAAAAGAAACUGAGGCAUUUCUUAAGGCUUAUGAACGUACCAAAGAAAAUAUAGAUCAUAAGAGGAGCAAAAGAAGAGCUCAACAUUGGAGUCAUAACAAACAUAAACAACGAAAUGAUCCAAUGUUAAACAAUAAUGAAUCAUCUCUAGAAUGUAAGAUAGAAAAAGACGGUACAGUUAACUGUUCGCAAGUUAUUUAUAAUGAUUUGAAGGCAUGGCAUACAAAUAGAUUAAGUUUAGAAGACCAAAUAAGACAACUUAGAACAAAAUUAGAAGACUUAAAGGAAAUAAAGAGGCAUUUAAAAAUUAGUAAGCCUGCAGUCGAAGUACAAACAAUAACACCGACAUAUCUUAAUAAUCAAUUACUUAAUAAGACUGUAAGUCAUGAGAAUAACACUAAGGACACUUUUAGGAAAAAUCGAUUACAUAGAUUAAAAUCCAAACAUAGAAACGGGACUUUGUUUGAUAAAAAGUUUAGGCAGUCAAAUGAAUACAUAAUACCAACAGUAAAUGGUAACACCAGAGAUGACAUUUUUGAUACACAGUUGAAGAAUGAAACUUCCACGGAGACGGUGAUGCAAACCCUUAACAUUUCUGAUCACAAUCAUAGCGAAAAUGUGUCAAACCAGACUUAUCAUGUAGAUGUAUUACCCAUAUUUCCAUCUACCACAGUUGUUACAGAAGGCAAUUCCUUUGAACAAAAUUUAAUAGAGGAGAAAAGCACACAGCAAAGUAUAACCACAGAAUUUGACGAUAUCACGGAAACUGAAACAACAAAAUUAAGGGACAUUAUUAGCACAAAUGAAACAAAACCUAAUGAAAAUCCAACACAAGUUACAAGUGAUUGGAAAACAACACCUAUUGAUUUUUUCUCGACGUUACAUUAUUAUAGUUCAGCAGUGGAUAAAGUUAUUUCUUCUCAUAAAUCAAGCACAACGCUACCAAUAACAACAGCCAGUCAUCAUACUACAACAAGUAAACCCACAACAAGGCCUAGAACAACUGUUGGUACAUUAGGACCUACCAGAUUCGAUGCAUCCGAGUAUGAACAAAGAAAUCCAAACAAGGGAAGUUCCAACAACAAUGGCAUAUUCGGAAAACCUCCAGAUGUUUUUCAAAAGAGACUCCAUCCUUUAUUUAUUGAAAAUGAAGAUCAACACGUGUGUUAUUGUGAGGAAAAUCGCAAAAUAAAGCCCAUAGGUCAUUCUUAUUUGGAAGCAGCACAGAAAGCUAGAGAAGAGCGAAGAAAACUAAAGGAACAGAGACUACGAAAAAAGUUACGAAAAGCUAAAAAGAAGGCGGAAUUGGAAAGGUUAUGUGAAUCAGAACGCAUGAACUGCUUCCGACAUGACAAUGACCAUUGGCGCACCGCACCGUUAUGGACCGCUGGACCAUUUUGUUUCUGCAUGAGUUCCUCCAACAACACGUACAACUGUGUUAGAACAAUCAAUGCUACCCACAACCUACUCUACUGUGAAUUUGUCACUGGAUUAAUUACUUAUUACAAUUUACGUAUUGAUCCUUUUGAAACGCAGAAUCGGGUGAAAUAUUUGACAGCAUCGGAAAAGGAAUACUUCCAUAAUCAAUUGCACCAACUGUUGAAUUGUCGCGGACCUUCAUGCAGGCGAUACUCUCAUUCAAAUUUAUCUGGAAGCCAUGAGGAUAUAAACAGACGAUAUGAAGACGACCUUAUGUACGUAGGUGAACCGGUAGGAUACAGUGGAAGAUCAUGGCGAUGGAACGGAUAUGGUCGACGAUAUGCUAGAGCAAGGGAGAUACAUCGGCGCCGACAUACGAUGGCGUUCUAGUCGUUUUAAUUUAUUGGAAAUAUUUAUGUGGAAUUGUCAUAGUCUUGGCGUAAUUGAACCAAGUGAAAAAAAUACUAAUUUAAAACUGACAAUGCACAAAAUGCAGCGUAUUAAAUAAGAGAAAGCAAUCGCAUAAGCUGUGUAUUGUUCAUAAAACGACAUCGAAUCUUGUAGGGCUUCCUAUUAUAAUCAAACAUUAUCAGUGUAUAUUUACAUUACUUAAUAAAAGUACAUUUAUCUCAAAAUAGCGCUUGUAGUGAUAAUCUUUUCUACUGUGACUGUAUCCCUCUUUUAAUAAAAGAAAUGUAUUUAAUAGCAAAAUGGCAUGUAUUGGCUUAUAUAGUCUUCCCAGAUUUUCAUAAGAGAUUUCAUCAGUUCUCGUAUAAUUAUUAAGCUCUUAGAUUAUUAUUGUUGCAAACAAUUGCAUUGCUACCAUAAAGUAUUAUAUGUAAUAUUAGUCCUUAGCAUUUUAUUAUAAAAACUGUAUAAGAUCAAUAUAUAAGUAUUGCUCUAAACUGACUGUAAAAUUUUACUGUUUCUUAAGCAACCAAUGAAAAACAGAGAUUUUGGUAGAGUAUAAUGUAUGUGUUACAAAAGUAUGUUUGUAGUGUUUUAUCUAUUAGAAGUAAAAAGUGAUAUGAAGAUGUUGCCAUGUGACAAAUAAGAAUGUUAUCAUAGACAUUAAAUUUAAUUAGUUGCCAAAUGUCUAGUAGUUUUUCUUAAAAGAGUUUGGCAUUUAUCUUUGGAAUGUCUUGUGUAUCAAUUUAUUAAUAAAAUUAAAUGUAACUUUUGAAUUGUUUAAUUUUUAUAGGUAGCAGAAGUUACAGAUCUAAUAUUGUAUCAAUUUCACUAUCAUCACAUAAUGAAAAUAAAGGUUGUUUAUUGCAGUUUU